AUGAAUUUGGGUGCAAAAAUAGGAAAAGCUGACAGAGAAAUUCGCCAAAAGGUGCAGAAAAAAAUGAGAAUUUUUGGGUAUCACGAUGAUGCAAUAAAAAUUAUUUUAAGCAUGCUGGUAUACUAUAAAAAUCUGAGACCAAGUAUGGCUGAAGUUUGUGCAAGAUGAAAAAGCUUAGAUAUUGAUAAUUUUGGCAUUCCUGGCUUUGACCCAUACUUGAUAAAGCCAAAUAAAUCGUCUUCAAGUACUCCUGCUAUUACAAUUUCUGGACUUAAAUGGCCGACUACAGGAACUGGAGGACCAAGUGUCACAGUAAGUUAUGAGCAGCCUGAAAUAAUUUCUCGAAUUGAAUGGCGGACUACAGGAACUGGAGGGCCAAGUGUCCCAGAAACUUAUGAGCAGCCCACAGUUUUGUAUCAACCCAUUGAUGAAAUUGAGACAGAAGGCUGUGAGCUUUGCCGGUGUAAUGAAAAAUUUGUACACAGCUGUGGUCUAAUAAGAGACAUUAACGAAUUUAUUUCCUUUAUAAAUGAAAUGGUGGUGAUAAAAGAGCAAUAUAAUUAUGUCACAUGCGAAGAAUGCUGAAGACUUUUUUCAAUUGAGAUUUUUCAAUGCAGGAAUAAUCAUUUUGAUAUACUACCUGAAAAUUUUUUUGUGUAA